AAACGGCAACAAUAAUCAUAAAAGUUUUAAAAAUGGAGGCUGUUGACUGUGAUUAUUAUGAAUCGAGUCGCAAAUAACCGCUUAUCGCCCUACGUUUAUCUUAAUUUCGUAUUGGAAUGGCCGAUAGAAAUGAGAAAGUUCUGCACGAGCUCCUGAAAUUACCCGGAAACAGUCUCUGCGCCGAUUGUGGCAGUAGAAAUCCAGAAUGGGCAUCGUACAACAUUGGCAUCUUUCUGUGCACUCGCUGUUCGGGAGUCCAUCGAGGAAUGGGGGUGCACAUUAGCAAAGUGAAGCACCUUAAGCUGGAUCGUUGGGAGGACUCGCAGGUGGAGCGAAUGAAGGAAGUCGGUAACUUGACGGCGAAACUCAAAUAUGAGGAGAGAGUGCCGCCAUGCUAUAGACGUCCGAAGGAAUACGAUCCACAGGUGUUAAUCGAGCAGUGGAUACGCGCUAAAUACCAAAGGGAGGAGUUCUGCUAUCCGGAACGGCAGUGUUACGUUAGCGGAUACAUGGUGGGAUUCCUAAUGAAACGGGGCAAAGAGGACAGUCGGUAUCAUCCCCGUAAGUUUGUACUGUCCGAAGCGGAGGACACGCUCAAGUAUUUCGUACGCGAAAACAAGGAACCGAAAGCGAUUCUGCGCCUCUCGGAACUAAACGUAGUCUUCGCUCCCGAGAAAAUCAACUUUCCUAACUCCUUGCAGCUAACGUUCUUAAAAGACGGCACCACUAGGCACAUAUACGUUUACCACGACGAUCCGGAGGUGAUAACCAACUGGUACAUGGCGAUACGUUGUGCCAAACUUCACCGUCUUCAAGUUGCUUAUCCGUCGGCGAGCGAAGCCGAUCUGAUCGGUUACCUCACCGAAGACUUUGCCAAAGAGGGGUGGCUAUGGAAAACGGGACCCAAAACGUCGGACGGAUUUAAGAAGCGAUGGUUUACGCUGGACAAUAGGAAGCUAAUGUACCACGACGAGCCUCUAGAUGCCCAUCCGAAAGGCGAGAUAUUUAUAGGCCACGCGAUGGACGGGUACAGUGUACGAAUUGGCGUGGUAGCCGGCGUGAGAGAUCAAGGCUUUUCCUUUGCUUUACAAACGCCCGAUAGAAUAUUUAACUUGUCAGCUUCAACGGAGUCCGAUCGAGAUCAAUGGCUUCAAGUGUUGGAAAAGGUUAUCGAUAGACCUUUAUCGCCCCAAGACAGUUCAAUAUCCGUGAGAUUGGUUCGCAAACGGACAAAUACCAAUUCUAUAAGUAUUUUUUCUCCAAGGUAGUCUAUGCAUAUCAGUUACUCGCCUCUUCAUCCAUCACUUCGCCUAGUCUCCAUAUUUAUUGCAAACACGAUAGUAUAUUUCACUUACAGUACAUUUUCUAAAAGAUUGAUUAUUCCUCUGUAUAUUUUAAGAUAAAAUAAAUCAGUAUCAUAAGGCA